AUGACACGUACUUAUGAAAACAUGGAUGGUUACAAGAAUGAGGGGUUAGUUGAAAUCCUUGCUGGUUUAUCUUAUUGUUUAUUUUCCUGGUUAGUUGAAAUCUUUGUUGGUCAACAAAGCCUAGAAAACCCAAACUGGUUCCAGGGCACUGCUGUUGAUGCUAUAAGGUGGUGUUUAUGGCUAUUAGAAGAACAUAAUGUUCUGGAAUGCCUGAUACUUGUCGAGGAUCAGUUGCCCUUGAUGGAUUGUUGGAAAUUCAUUCAAACUCAUAGAGAUACUGAUGCUGACAUCAUGGCAACAGUUCUAUCAAUGGAUGAAAAAGAUGCAACUGCAUUUAGUAUAAUGAUAAUUGAUGAUGAGGGGCGAAUAAUCGAAUUGGCAAAACACUUAAAAGGAGAGCAAGUAAAAUCUAUGGAACUUGAUACCCCCCUUUUAGGGAUUGAGAAAGAGAGAGAUAAAGAAAUGUUUGUGAUUGCUAGAAAGGAAAAAUAUGUUGUUAGCAAAUAUUUGAUGUUGAAGUGGCUGCGAGAUAAGUUUCCAGGAGCAAAUGAAAUUGACAGUGAAGUUAUUCUUGAUGAGCUUUGUCAGCUGUUACUGCUGCUUAUCCUUGAAGUUUUUGAUUGUUCAAGUGACGGCUUUACUGAUGGUGAACUAGCAACUUUACAUAGCAAGGGUCGCUUGUAUGACAUUCCGGAUCGUUAUGAGAAUGAUUGGGAAGUUGUGAAAAGAGGAUGGAAUCCACAGGUCCUUAGUGAAAUCCCCCAUAAGUUUGAGAAUGUUGUUAGGGAGGUGGAGACACCAAGGGAGGUUCCUAUUUCUAACGACCGGUACUUAUCCUCAUUAGUGAUUGUUAAUGAGAAUAGGAAGGUUGUUGAAGCUGUUAAGACAAUCCUGGAUGCAGUGGAGCAAGGAGAUGUAGAGAAUGCUGAUCAUGGCAAUGCCAAGGACAAGAUACAAUGGUCUCUUGGAAGAAUUUGGGUGCGGGUGCUACACAUCAUUUUCACUCACCUUGAGGACAAGGUGAAACUUUGGGCGGCCGGUAUUGAUAAGCCCCAACUUUACUGGUUUAUAGCAUAG